AUGAGCGGUGACACCGGGGACUCCGGGCCGGUGGAAGUGGAGCCCAUGCCGGGAUACUUGUACCUCAUCAACCGGGCCUCCACCGUGAUGUUUGGCGCCUGGAGAGACUGUCAGGCGGGGACUGACAGAAAGUCUGUUUCAGAUGAGUUCCACACCUGUGAAGGCUCCUCCUCUUCCUCCUCCUGCUCUUCCUCCUCCUCUUCCUCAUCCUCCAUCAGUGUUGGUCGCAUGCGUUGUGUAAUCUGUCAUCGCGGGUUCAACUCCCGCAGCAACCUCCGCUCUCACAUGAGGAUUCACACGCUGGACAAACCCUUCGUCUGCCGCUUCUGCAACAGACGCUUCAGCCAGUCGUCGACUCUGAGGAAUCACGUGCGUCUGCACACCGGAGAGCGACCGUACAAGUGCCUCGUCUGCCAGUCCGCCUACUCCCAGCUGGCCGGGCUGCGUGCGCAUCAGAAGAGCGCCCGGCACCGACCAUCUGCAGACGCUAAUGCUAAGGCUAACGCCAUCGCUAUCGCCGCCGCGGGGGGAGGGAACAUGAUGGUGCACUCCCCUCAGAAUCACCCCCCCCAGCUGAGCAUGCCUCACCCAGCCUCUCUGGUUCACCACAUACCCACCAUGGUGCUGUGA